CUGCAUCUUAUUCUUCACCAGAGAUGAAAAACAACUACAGAGUGUUAGAGCCAAUCGCUAUUUUUUACACAAUAUAUAUUAGUUAUAAAUUCAUCCCACAUUUUUGGACUCUCGCCGUAAAACCAUUCUUGACCUACUUAAUAUAACUAUUUACAUAUUUACAUGCUAAUUUUUGUUGAGAAUCUUUUAGACAUGGUUUCACAUCAGUGAUUUGAAGUGUUUCACAUUCAUGCACCAGCAGAUCGUCGUAUAUAUAGAUCCUUGACACGUUGACUGUUGUCUUUGUUAUUGGAGUUAUUGAGGAGGCGAUUGCCGGUUCAUCAUUCGUGAAAGAAAAAGGAGGAAAAAGAAAAUUUUAAACGGCUCUGUGCCAAUGAAAGGAACAUCAAUGGAUAGAUGGUGGUAAUUUCUGUGAAUGCUGCACAAUGACCACGAAAAUAAUUAAGGCAUUUCAAAGAACUAAAACUUUCACCACAAGCGAAGUUGAAGAAACUCAACUGAAACGAUGCUUAUCUACGUUGGAUCUCACAGCUCUUGGGAUUGGUUGUACAUUAGGAGCAGGAGUGUAUGUUCUUGUGGGGCAAAUAGCAAGGAAUGAGGCUGGUCCUGCCAUAGUUGUCUCGUUUGCCAUUGCAGCUGUUGCAUCUCUCCUUUCAGGUCUCUGUUAUGCAGAGUUUGGAGCUCAAGUACCAAAGUCAGGCUCUGCCUACAUUUACAGUUACGUCACUGUCGGUGAACUUAUCGCUUUUGUGGUUGGCUGGAACAUGCUUCUUGAAUACAUCAUGGCUGGUGCAGCGGUAGCUAAAGCGUGGAGCGAUUUUUUUAAUUCAUUAUGUCACAACUGUGUGAAGAAUUUGCUCAUUGAGCAUAUUGGAGCAUUCAAAGUUCAUUGGUUGUCCGAGUAUCCUGAUUUUUUGGCGUUUGCUGUGAUAGCAGUUUCAGUGACCAUCGUAAUAUGUGGUGUUUCUGAAUCGACUACCUUCAACUUGGUGUUAACGAUCCUAAAUCUAGCUGUCAUCGCUUUCGUUACGUUUGUUGGACUGACCUUUGCAGACACGGGGAACUGGAGUGAUUUUGCACCAUGGGGAUUCCAUGGCAUUAUGUCUGGUGCUUCCACUUGUUUUUUUGCAUUUGUUGGCUUCGACGUGAUCGCCACAUCCGGAGAAGAAGCGAAAAAUCCUCAUAAGGCUAUUCCAAGAGCUACUGUGGCUGCACUGUUCGUUAUAUUUUUGGCGUAUGAGAGUGUCUCGGUGACGCUUACUUUAAUGUUACCCUACCAUAGCUUGCCUGAGACUUCAGCUUUAGCAACGGCCUUUGAAAUACGUGGUUUUUCAACAGGAAAAUAUGUCGUUGCUGUUGGUGCGAUCUGUGGCCUCAGUGCGAGUGUACUAGAUGCCUUAUUUGCCAUUCCUCGGAUUAUGUACUCUAUGGCAAGCGACCGACUCAUUUUUAGUUGUUUUGCAAAAGUUAACGACCGCACAGGUACCCCUCUCAUAGCGUGCCUUAGUAGCGGGCUGUUGACGGCCUUGCUUGCAAUGUUUUUCGAUUUGGCUUCACUAGCCGAGAUGCUUUCUGUUGGAACUCUGUUGUCGUACACCAUAGUGGCCAUCAGUGUGAUUCUAUUACGGUAUAGGCCUGGUAACAUCAUUAAAGAAGAGACCGCUGACCCUGGAGAAAUGUUGAUUGAUGAUGACAUUGAAACUUUGGGAGGUGGAGAAGUUCCAGAGAAAGAAAUUUCAUCGUCAAAAAACUUUAAUGAAACACUUCCUAUACUGACGAGACUUGGACAGUGCAUUAUGGGAAGACGUCUUGAUGAGCCAAACGAAGAUAGUUAUCUGGUUGUUAAAGUUUCUUUAAUUAUCUUUCUCUUGAGCGUGAUAGGACUAGAAUCAUGCCUUAUAUGGGGCAUGGACUACUUACGAUCCAAGAAUCCCUACGUGAUCAUUAUUUUUGUUUUAUUUGUAACGUGGAUGUUAUUAGCUGUUGACGUCAUCUCCCGUCAACCGGAGAGAAAGGCAAGCCUUUAUUUCAAGGUUCCAUUUUUACCACAUCUACCCCUGGCAGCGGUUUUCAUCAACGUCUUUUUACUUUUGGAAUUGAGAAGUCUUACUUGGAUACGGUUUGCUGUUUGGAUGACGAUCGAGUAUCUGCCUGUUUCACUUUGUAUGCUACAGCUGACGGCCGACAGGAAAUUGAAGACUUAACGAAGAAGAUGGAAUUGAUCUGUAUCCUAUAAAUAAUAACGCUGAGCAUUUUGUGAGUGUUAUUUAGUACAUAGGGAAUUAUAUGUAGCUGGCUAAAUCAGCUGUUUUACCAUUAGAAAAUCUAGUGAAGUUUGCAUGUAUGUGAUAGAGUCUCGUGGUGUGUGGAAUGGAGGAAAGGGAGCGUGUUGUGUGAUUAUGACUAUCUUAUGACUUAUGAGUGCUGUUUUUUUUUUCAUCUAACCUUUUAAGGAAACUUAUGUUUAAUUGUUUAUGUUUCACACUUCCUCGCGUUUAUUUUUUGGGAAAAAUAAAAGCUGAAGAUAUCGAAAGUAGUUAUUUCGUCAAACAAUUCUUGUAUGGUAAUCUAACAAUUGCAUUCGCAAUCCACAAGUAAGUUAUAACAAGAGAAACUGUUUAUAAAGGAGGCGACGUAUUAUUAAAGUAAAAUUUUCUACCUGUAUGGCAUUGACUUAUUUCUUAGACAUCGUAAGCUAUAGCCAAAGUAGUGAAGGGAUGAUUACGGUUGAGCCAUCAUAAAGUGUGCGUGCUAUUAAACUGAGAUCAAUGAAACAAUUUUCCGUGGUCUCUUUGGAAAAUCAUCUCAGCAUGAAUGGCAGAAUGCUUGAGGAUGAUAUGUCUUAGGGUGUAGGCCGUGUAGCUGGAGUGAGACGUGUAAUGCAGAAACAUAGAAUUUUUCAUUUCAUAGAGAAGAAUUAGAAAGGCUUGGGGUUUUUAUCUUCGUUGAUACAAGCGUUCAUUCGUUUGAGCUUUACUAAUGCAGAAAUCAAAAAAGUCACCUUCUUUUGCUCGAAAUUCCAAACAAAAUCAUGUGUUUAAGACUUUAUUAUUGAUAUUUUUGAAGCGUGUGUUACGUGCAAUAAUACGCGCUUACAGUUAUGCCCGCCUAAAAACAAUCCUCCAUUUCAAAGAUAGGAAAAAAUAACGCAUGAAGAUAAAUCGUAGAAAUACGGUUGAUUUACGACAACGACAACACGAUUGACGUUUCAUAUUGCGAGAAGCAAGUAGAAACAAGAAGAACAAACAUUGCAACCGGCAUUUCUCUAGUUCAGGAACAUCAUUGGAUAGAUGGUGGUAAUAUCUGUGAAUGCUGCACAAUGACCACGAAAAUAAUUAAGGCAUUUCAAAGAACUAAAACUUUCACCACAAGCGAAGUUGAAGAAACUCAACUGAAACGAUGCUUAUCUACGUUGGAUCUCAAUUGUCUGGGAUCCAGUAUUUGCUGCUUUCAAAUUCAAUUUCAUCUGCAACCCUUAUGGUUUUCAUUUAGAGUAUCUGCCUGUUUCACUUUGUAUGCUACAGCUAACGGCCGACAGGAAAUUGAAGACUUAACGAAGAAGAUGGAAUUGAUCUGUAUCCUAUAAAUAAUAACGCUGAGCAUUUUGUUGAUUUACGACAACGACAACACGAUUGACGUUUCAUAUUGCGAGAAGCAAGUAGAAACAA